UUUGGCCUGUGUGUGGGCUAAAAUACAGUUAAAAAGAACACACUGCAUCAAGUUUAAGCACCACUAAAAGGAGAUUUACAAAGUAGAACUCAAGUAGGAGGCAAAAGUAUCCUUGUAUUCACAGAUAGAUACACCAAACUGGGGGAAAGAGGCUGAACAUGUGAAGAAAUUGUGGUUAUUUUCACAUGAAAUGAGCCAUAAUGGGAAACUAACCUUCACAGACAGCUCCAGGAAGUGAGCUCAUGAGGCCAGGUGAACAGCAUUGCACCCAAUCAGACUCACACCCAGCAGCAGAGCAGACAGAGAUCAGUGAGUCACCUUUCUGACAAGUAAAACACAUGGAUUAUCAGCACUACUUUUUAUUUUAAAGGCCAGAAAGCAGUCCAUCAUGUUAGGAAACUCUGCUCUCUACAGACUCUUGUUUGUCUUUGUGUUGGUCUGUGCAGCUGUGAUGUCGUUAAUCAUGUGUUCAGAUGCUGCGAGAGCCAGCCCCAUAACGACCCAAGUGGACAACAGAGUGACGCACAAAGUCCUGAGACGACUGUACGCUCCACACAAUCAGCAACAUUCCCUCUUUACCAGUAUGUCAUCAACAAAAACUGGACUCCGAACUGAAACUGCUACUGAAACUGAGACGGGCGGAAAUUACGGAGCAGUUUCGUCAAUCAUUGACCAUCAAUCAAACCCUGCACAGCUUACAGGAGCUAGUUACAGUCAAAACAGCACAGAUAACAAACAGGCCAGAGUGGGAACUUCUAGUUUGCAGGGUGGAGCGAGGCCAGCAAGCAGCUACCACCCUUUCCCUGGAAACUCCUAUAAUCCAUACCCAGCCAUCAUUAGAAAAUCAUCUCAUACAGAAGCUGCCAGUCCCUUUCAUCACAGCUCAAGUCCUUCACAAGUCUGGUACGCCAAAGAUGCUCAGAAAUCCUACAUCAAAGAAAAACCUCCCACAAAUGGCUCCCCUCUUUUUUCAGCCCUGGCUGGUAGAAACUGGAGCACUCCGCUGCCAACUUCAAGAGGGCAUUACGGCGGCUAUAAAGAGACAAACGAGCUCGCUGUGGUUGGGGCGCGGAGUCCAUCUAGUGGGAUUCAAUCAAGCAAAUUUCUCGGCUUCACGAGUCAAACUGCCCCUCAUGCGCCAUCAAUCAGCCACAGCUUAGACGCCUCUGUUAUUAAAAGCAUCCAAAGCCCAGAAAAAGUGACAUCAUCCAUCACGGAUUUCUCCCAGAGGUUGCACCCGUGGAGUAGCGGUGAGACGCCGAGACACAGAAAGGUCCAGUCGUAUCUGUUCAAGGACUCCGAUGCACAAGUUUAUGGCAGCUUUCCUUCAAAUGUUAAACAGUCACAAAGAAAAGACCCAACCGAAGAGGUACAGCAUCUCUCUAGCUAUGCAAAUCAACCCUAUCAUCAUGCUAACAUGGCCCAGUACGGUGCUCAGACAGAUAGUUUUACCAAAUACCAACAAGUCUCUGCUCCAAUAAAAGGCAACACCAUGCCAAGUUUUGCCCCUAUACCUCAGGAAGAUACUCCAAGCAGAGAGACAUCUGUAGCAAGUAGCGUCACGAACACAGCCACAAGAAGAACAAUGCAUCCUUACAAACCUGCACAAACUGUAAAAAGGAUCUAUGGCUUCAGAGGAUUUGACAAACCCACAUGGAGAGCUGUGAAGGAGCCGCCUCUUCCCCGCUCCAACUCUCAACGAUACAGCUUCGACAAAGGAAAAGACCAUAAAAUCACAAGUCUAUACCCUUCCUGGUCACCGAGGUAUAGCUUCGGCCAGAGAGAAGCAUCUACUACACUUCUAAAACCUUCUCAUGGCAUUUUAGAUAUCACCCAAACCAAGACUUCUCAAAGGUUCACAUCAGGAUUCAAGGAAGCUCGACCUGUGCUACCUGAAAGCGACGACAGCAUGGACCAGAAACCAGAUCGCAGGCAGUACAGAGUCUCUAAAAGAAUAUAUGGUCUCAAAGGAUUUGACACUCGGCCACUUGAGGGAGCCAAAACUCCAGUUACAGAGCCUGACAAGUCUUCAAGAGUACAGCAGGGUUUUAAACUCAGAAGCCCACAGAUCUGGCAACCACAGCAAAGCAGCCGUGUGUCCACACUGAGCCAAACUGAAGACCUUAAGCCACUUUUAAAGCCGGCAGAAGGCACCAGAUUUACACCUGAGAAAUACAAGCAGAGACGCAAAAUCUACACCUUUCAGGGAUUUGAGCCGAUUCAUGACAGAAUAGCGCACGGACAAAAUCCAGCUACAGCAUCCCCAAGGGUCUCCUCAUCUUAUCUCAGAUCAGCAGGGAAACUCAACACUGAAUUGGAGGACAAACCCAAACCUGUUGCAGUGAAGAUGAGCCCGUUCAACGGCUCCACCAGCAGCACCGUGAGAGGCAGACGUGUGCAUGGAAACGGUAAAAAGCUCACUCAUACUACUCCUCCUGCCAGUGACGGUGGAAACGCAGCCAUCGUCAGGCUGCCCAAGAGGCCUGCCAGGAUCAUAGCUUUAACGUACGCUGAUAUUCUCGGAAGUGCCUCGUUCAGCGUCGUCGUAGCUCAGACACCAGUCACACCGGCUGGUAAGGAUUAUCAUCAAAACGGUACAACAACCAGGCAAGACGAAGAGGAAGAACGCUGGAUCUUAAACUCUGAGGAUGCCGUGGUUAGUGGAGGCAACACGAGCAGAGGGCUUGAAGCUGAAGAUGAAGCGGAGGUAGAUUUAAGUGCUGCUGAGGAAAACAAGUCGGCUGUUAGAAGCAAAGAAGUCGACAUGAAAACAUCUGAUUUGUUCCUGGAUGAGGAAGGAAGUGGAAGUGGGGGUUUUAAUGUGUCUGAUUUUUUCUCAGCUGAUACUAAAAAGAGUCAGAGGCUGAGUGAGGAUCUGUUAGAGCUAGAUAAUCUUCGACAGUCAACUGGGAACGUCUCCUUUAAUGCUGUAACUGUCCCAUACUGAGAAAUGAGACAAACUUCUCAUGUGGUUGUUUCAAUCUCAAUAAAAGCUGGAAAAAGUACUUGUGAAUUUUGUUUCUCAGCAAACAAUGGCUGUGAAUAAAUCUUAAACAAGCUGAGCACAACAUUUAGAGCAUAAAUAUAGCAGCAAACAGCAAAGAUACAGUGGAGAGAUGGCGUCCUGGGCAGAGAAUGAAGUCAUGCUUCCUCUGUGUGUGCUGUAAUCUGAGUUUCUCUGUUCUUUGUUGUGGCAGACGGUCUGGUUGCACGUGCAUGUUAAGUCAUGUGAGUCCCUGUAUGUGUGGCAAGCUAAUUGCUGCCGCUUUGCACUGCGUUCAUACAAUGUGCUCUCAUCCCAACCAACAAAUUUGAUAAUUAGCCUCUCCAAUUGUGUCACAGAAACGUGUUGAUAAAUGAUUCCUAGUCUUUGUUGUAAUUUAUUUAUGCUACUUAAAGCUAAGC